GCAGUCGCCAUCGCGCAGGCGCUGUCUGCCGCACUCUCUCAGAGCUGACAGGACGCUGAGAGUCAGGGACAUUAUGGCGGAAGUCGGUCAGGUGACUCAAAGCUACGAAGGGUCGACAGAUGAAUCUGAGGACGAAGAAAGUGAAGAGGAACCAAAGCUUAAAUAUGAAAGACUAGCUAAUGGAGUGACAGAUAUUCUGCAAAAAGAUGCUGCAAGUUGUAUGACUGUGCAUGACAAGUUUUUGGCGCUGGGAACACAUCAUGGUAAAGUCUAUUUACUGGACGUGCAGGGAAAUGUGACACAGCGAUUUGACAUUAGUUCCGUGAAGGUGAAUCAAGUUAGCUUGGAUGAAAGUGGAGAACAUAUUGGAAUUUGUUCAGAAGAUGGCAAGGUACAGGUGGUUGGAUUGUAUACGAGGGAAGGAUUUCAUGAAAACUUUGACUGUCCUAUCAAAAUAGUGGCCCUUCACCCACAGUUUGGCAGAUCCAGUAGUAAGCAAUUCAUCACAGGGGCAAACAAGUUGCUCCUGUAUGAACGAAACUGGUUGAACAGGUGGAAAACAACUAUAUUACAUGAAGGAGAAGGCACCAUUUCAAACAUCAAAUGGAGGGGCAAUCUGGUCGCAUGGUCAAACAGUGUGGGAGUCAAGAUAUAUGAUGCUUGCUCAAAGCAACGAAUCACAAACAUAUCCCGAGACAACACAAACUUUCGUCCUGAUAUGUAUCUCUGCAGUCUCUGCUGGAAAGACAACAUAACACUCAUCAUUGGCUGGGCAACAUCUGUUAAGGUAUGUGUGGUGAAGGAGCGUGAUCCUACAGACUUAAGGGAUUUGCCCACUCGUUAUGUUGAAAUUGUGUCUGCCUUUGAGUCAGAGUUUCACAUUAGCGGACUUGCACCACUUGGCGAGCGUCUAGUUCUCUUAAUGUACGUGAAUGAGACGUUGGAACAAACGGAUAAAGAACACUGUGCAAGACCUCGCCUUGACAUAAUUCAUCACUUGCCUGAUUCGUAUGAGGAAAUAUCCUCUGAUGCUCUGUCCGUAAGAGGUUUCCAAGAAAAUGAAUGCAGAGACUACAGCUUAGAACACUCUGAUGGUGAAUCGCUGUUUUAUAUCAUUAGUCCACGAGAUAUUGUAGUGGCGAAGGAGCGGGAUCAAGAUGAUCACAUUGAAUGGCUCCUUGGAAAAAAGAAAUAUGAAGAAGCUAUGAUGGCAGCUGAAAUCAGCCAGAAGAAUAUAAAAAGACAUAAUAUAUUGGAUAUUGGCAGAGCCUAUGUAAACUAUCUAGUGGACAAAGGAGACUAUCAUGGUGCUGCAAGAAAAUGCCAGAAGAUUCUUGGCAAAAACAUGGAUCUCUGGGAAAAUGAAGUGUACCGAUUUAAAAAGAUAGGUCAACUAAAAGCAAUUAGUCAGUACUUACCCAGAGGUGACCUACGCCUGAGACCUGCUAUAUAUGAAAUGAUCUUGUAUGAGUUCCUGGAGAGUGAUUAUGAGGGGUUUGCAUCCUUGAUAAGAGAGUGGCCAGGUGACAUUUAUAACAAUAUGACUGUAGUCCGCUCUGUGUUGGAUCAUCUGGAUCGGGCUCCAAGUAACAGAACAUUGUUGACGACACUAGCAGAAUUGUACACUUAUGACCAGCGUUACGACAAGGCUCUUGAAAUUUACUUAAAAUUGCGACAUAAAGAUGUCUUCCAGCUCAUACACAAGCACAAUCUCUUCAGCUCCAUCAAGGAUAAGAUUGUUCUACUCAUGGAGUUUGAUAAGGAGCAAGCAGUCAAUAUGCUCUUGGACAAUGAAGAUAAAAUUUCAAUUGACAAAGUUGUGGAGGAACUGAAGGAUCAACUAGAACUGCAGCAUGUGUAUUUGCAUAACCUGUUCAAGCGAGAUCACCAUAAAGGACAGAAGUUCCAUGAACGACAGAUCAGCCUCUAUGCUGAGUAUGAUCGGCCAAAUCUGUUACCCUUCUUGAGAGACAGCACCCACUGUCCACUGGAAAAAGCACUUGAAAUUUGUCAGCAGCGGAACUUUGUUGAAGAGACAGUUUUUCUCUUGAGUAGAAUGGGUAAUAGUCGGCGUGCUCUACAGAUGAUAACUGAGGAACUGCAAGAUGUAGACAAGGCCAUUGAGUUUGCCAAGGAGCAAGAUGAUGCUGAGCUAUGGGAGGAUCUUAUCUCGCAUUCCAUCGACAAGCCACCAUUUAUAACUGGGCUGUUGAACAAUAUUGGGACCCAUGUUGAUCCUAUCCUCUUGAUCUAUCGAAUAAAGGAAGGUAUGGAGAUUCCUAACCUGCGGGAUUCAUUAGUGAAGAUCCUUCAAGAUUAUAACUUGCAGAUUUUGCUACGAGAAGGAUGUAAAAAAAUUAUUGUUUCUGAUUGUCUGACAUUGCUGAAAAAAAUGCAUAAAACCCAGCUGAGAGGUGUUUGUGUUGACGAGGAGAAUAUUUGUGAAUCAUGCCAUUCUCCCAUAUUGCCUACAGACAUUGCAAAACCAUUCAGUGUGGUGGUCUUCCACUGCAGACAUAUGUUUCAUAAGGAUUGCCUUCCAACUCCUGGCAUGUUCUGUAACAUCUGCAGUGCAAAACGUCGAAGGCCUGCUGGUGGACUGGGUGAGGCUUAAAACAUCAGAUGAACUUGACUGAGGACCACAAAUUUAAAGUUAACGCAUUAUUGUAAUGUGUAAUUUUCUGUCAAUUAUCAGCUCACCUACUUCAAAGCUUGUACUUGUAUAAAUGUUAAAUGCUAAUUCUUAAUAAAAGUCAUUUUAGAAUCAU